AGUGGCGUAGCGACAGGGAGGGGUUCUUCACCCGGUCCGGCAGCUGAAGCUCUGCACUCGGUUUACCCCUGCAGCGACGCCCCCUGGUCCCACCGAUACCACUACUGCUCCCGCCCCUUAGCUCCUCGGCCGCGCAAUGGGCACCCGCGACGACGAGUACGACUACCUCUUCAAAGUUGUCCUUAUUGGAGAUUCUGGUGUUGGAAAGAGUAAUCUCCUGUCUCGAUUUACUCGAAAUGAGUUUAAUCUUGAAAGCAAGAGCACCAUUGGAGUAGAGUUUGCAACAAGAAGCAUCCAGGUUGAUGGGAAAACAAUAAAGGCACAGAUAUGGGACACAGCAGGGCAAGAGCGAUACCGAGCUAUAACAUCAGCGUACUAUCGUGGAGCUGUAGGUGCCUUAUUGGUUUAUGACAUUGCUAAACAUCUCACAUAUGAAAAUGUAGAGCGAUGGCUGAAAGAACUGAGAGAUCAUGCUGAUAGUAACAUUGUUAUCAUGCUUGUGGGCAAUAAGAGUGAUUUACGUCAUCUCAGGGCAGUUCCUACAGAUGAAGCAAGAGCUUUUGCAGAAAAGAAUGGUUUGUCAUUCAUUGAGACAUCUGCUCUAGAUUCUACAAAUGUAGAAGCUGCUUUUCAGACAAUUCUGACAGAGAUAUACCGCAUUGUUUCCCAGAAGCAGAUGUCAGACAGACGUGAAAAUGACAUGUCUCCAAGCAACAAUGUGGUUCCUAUUCAUGUUCCACCAACCACUGAGAACAAGCCAAAGGUGCAAUGCUGUCAGAACAUAUAAGGUGUUUCUCUUCUCCCCUAGAAGGCUGUGUAUAGUCCAUUUCCCAGGUCUGAGAUUUAAAUAUAUUUGUAAUUCUUGUGGUCACUUUUGUGUUUUAUUACUUCCUCAUAUUAUGAAUUUUCCAUGUCUUAAGUCUUUUGAUUUUAGCUUUAUAAAAUUAUCCACUUGUCCCAAAUGACUGCAGCUCUUUUUCAUGCUAUGGCUUCAUUAGCCUUAGUUUAAUAAACUGAAUGUUUGAAUUCCUCAAUUAUUGUUUACUUUCAUCAUGGAGCCUGUCACUGUAGGACAUAAUAGAACUUGAUCACUUGAAGCUCAGACCAUUUGGUCUUCAUCAAAUCAAACUAAGAAGACUUUAGAAAUAAGCUAUCAUUUUGCCACAGAGUAGUGUAUAAUGAGCAGCUUAUAAUUCAUACACUCUUCUCUCAGUGCAGUUAUGUCCAUAAAUCUAAGAAUUGCCCUAUAAAUAGCAGGAUUUUGAGAGCUUGAAAGUUUUCCAUUAUUCUGGAAGUAAAUAUCUAAAAUGCCUUAAUAGGAUUAUGUAGUUCAGUAAAUUUUGUUUUUUGAUUUUUGUAAGCCUCAAAAUUGAUUCGAGAUGGGGGCACUUUUUUCUGGACAAGAAUUAUAUUAAUAAACACAAAGAUUAUCAUGGUUUCAGUUGUGGUAUGGUUAUGUGGCCAUAUGUUAAACAGUGCUGCCUAGCGGUCUGGAAACUAGAGAGACUGGUGGAAUUCCAUCUGAGUUGCCUCUGGCAAUGAUCAGGCAGUGCAAGUUAAUGAUAAGUCAUUUAAUUUAUCUAAUUUCCCAGCAGUCGAUUAUGUGGCAUUUUAUUGCUCAGGCAAUAACUGGUUUAAUGCUCUUAGUAUCAAAUUGUGAAGUGUUAAUUUUGUCUUAAAACCUCCGACUAAAUGAAAUGGAACCUAGUUUUAUCACCAUAUACACCAGCAGACAUGGAUAGUUAUUUAAUGAUGCUGAUUUUUGAGUUUUGCAGUAUAUUAUGGAAUAUAGUCCAAUUAAAUAUCUGGUUUCAGUAUGUCAACAGAAUUAAGUGAGAGUUUAAUAUCUGCUCAAGUGGUACCACUUAAAGGCAUGUGUUCUUUUAGUACUUAAGAUGAAAUAGAUGAAAUAGUACCCUGAGUUUAAAUAGAAUGCAUUUAGACCUUUAUACAGACCUGAAAUAGUUUUCUUCCACUACAUUAUUGAAAUCAAUGGAGCAACUAGUUUUUCUCAUUCAGAAGUGUGCUUACUAAUAUUUAGUUUUAAUUUCUUGUGGAUAAUAUUAAGCACUUACUCUGCAGUAUUCUGAAAGUUAUGUCAACUGAAGUGAUACUAUUCAGGAUGGUGGAAUAUCCCCAAAAUAUAUAUGUGUGUUGGCUUGCAUAGAUUACUAUGUUUUAUAGUUAAUCUUUUAUCUUUAGCAAUGCUCAUGACGUGUGGGGUACACUGAAGGCAUUGCUGUAGUAGGUCAUUUUGGUUUCCUUCUGUAGUCAUUUCAUUUAGUGUAUUGGUAUGAAGAACUAUUAUCUAUUUGUAAACUGCUACUUUGUAUUUUAUGCAUGCUCUGUAACAACUUUUUUUUUAGUUUUUAAUUUUGAAUAUAUUCACAUUCUAAUAAACAGUUAUAGGGGGA